AUGCCCACCACUCCUUUAACUAGAACAGCACCACCAAGACCGCCGCGCCUCCGCCUCACUUCCUCUGCCAUCCUCCGGCAGAGGCCGAGCUUCCAGUUCUUUCUAUUCCGGCUGAAACCCAAGCGGUUCCAUUUCUUGAAGCCAUGCUCAUCCCUUAAAGAAACCAAAAAAAAGCAGCCGAAAACAGUCUCAAAGACCCCCAAAACCGCGCCCCAAAGUCUCAGGCGAAUACUGAAUCUCAGCGCGAGGGGCGAAAACGAAGAGAAUAAGGACGGGGAUGCGGCCGACGGCGACGCCGCCGUCAAAGGCACAAUCUUGGCGGGGGUUUUGCUUGUGGGCGUCGUCGGUGGGUUCGGUACCGUUGGGUAUAUUUACAGGGAGCAGAUCAAUGCUUUUCUGACCCAAUUUUCUGGGAUCAUUGAAGGUUAUGGGCCAGCUGGAUAUGCCCUUUUUGUCGCAGUUUAUGCUGGAUUGGAGAUACUCGCAAUACCAGCAAUCCCAUUGACUAUGUCUGCUGGUCUUCUAUUCGGGUCGGUUACUGGCACCAUCAUUGUUUCCAUUAGUGGCACUUUGGCAGCAAGUGUUGCAUUUCUAAUUGCCAGAUAUUUUGCUCGCGAUCGGAUUCUUAAGCUGGUUGAAGGAAAUAAGAAAUUCCUUGCAAUAGACAAGGCUAUUGGGGAAAAUGGCUUCAGGGUUGUCACUCUUCUCCGUUUGAGCCCAUUACUUCCCUUUUCGCUCGGAAAUUACCUUUAUGGGCUUACAUCUGUCAAAUUUGUACCAUACGUAUUAGGAAGUUGGUUAGGCAUGCUUCCAGGAUCAUGGGCUUACGUGAGUGCUGGUGCUUUUGGCCGGGCUAUAAUUCAAGAGGAAUCUGAAAUAGGGUUGAGUGGAGGCAAUGGUCAGCAGCUGUUGACUCUUGGAAUAGGUUUAUUGGCAACUGUGUUUGCUGCAACCUACGUGACUCGGCUAGCCAAGGAUGCUGUGAAAGAUAUCGAGUAG